AAAAAAAUAAAAUAAAAAAAAUAUUUACAUACGUGCACAUACAAUCAAGUGUUAUAUAUAUAUGUCAUGCAAAUUAGUAAUUUGUUGUAAUAACAAAUUAGUAAUUUGUUAUAAUAACAAAUUACUAAUUCGUUAUAACAAAUUAAUAAUCUGUUAUAACAAAUUAAUAAUCUGUUAAUAACCAAUUAUUAAUCUGUUUUAACAAAUCAUUAAUUUGUUAUAACACACUAAAAAAAGAUACUGCUGCGGCCCUAAUAUGCUUCCGUAGGAGGGUUGUGAUAACAUUUACGGCUGAUAUUCCUUUGUUGAGGCGCAACUCGAAUGCAAAGACUUUAACAUCAAAGCACACCGAGACAACACGAUACACACACCGACAGAUUGGAUGUUUUCAAGGAGGUCCGCGCUCGAUGUAAACAAAACAGCGAGUGCGUUCCGAGCGACUAGUAUUUACUGUUCUCGUGUCGUACGCAGUCAUGGCAGAUACAGCAGCUCCAGCAAAAAAGAAGGUUUCCAAGCCCAAGGUGCCCGCAGCGCACCCCAAGUACAUCGACAUGAUCAAGGCUGCCCUUGGGUCACUGAAAGAGCGUGGCGGAUCAUCUAAACAAGCCAUUCUCAAGUACGUGAUGGCCAACUAUAAACUGGGCAAUGACGCCAAAUCCAUCAAUGCCCAUCUCAGAAUGGCCCUUAAAAAUGGAGUCAAAAAAGGUGCUUUGAAGCAAGCCAAGGGUACAGGCGCCAGCGGUUCCUUCAAGCUUGGAGACAAGCCCAAGGCUGAGCAGAAGCCUAAAGCUAAGAAAGUAGCCAAACCAAAGGCUGCCAAACCUAAGAAGGCUGCUGCUGCCAAGCCCAAGAAGGCUGCCGGAGAGAAAAAGGUCAAGAAGACUCCAAAGAAACCAGCUGCGCCCAAGAAGGCCAAGACUCCCAAGAAGAAGACGGCAGCCAAGUCCCCCAAGAAGCCCGCCGCCGCCAAAGCCCCCAAGAAGGCCAAGACCCCCAAGAAGGCCGUCGCCAAGAAAUCCAAGACUCCUAAAAAAGCAGCCGCCAAGAAAUAAGCACUCUUGCAAUUUCCUGCAGAGUGUUUACUCCUUUAACAAAAGCCCUUUUUAGGGCUACCAACAUUUUUAGAAAAGAUGCCUUUCUUACACGUGUGAGAGAAACACAUUUCUCCAUCAUUUAAUAAGUGAAUACUGAUGCAAGCCAUUUGCUUUUUAACGUUUAUUCUGUUCUGACUUCCAAGUUGUUGGAUAAGAAAUAAGAUCGAGACUGGUGACAUGAUAAAUAAUAUUAUGACAACUGAGAAAAAAAAAGAGUUCAAAAUUCACACACACACACACAUAUAUAUAUCUAUUAUUAUUAUAUAUAUAAUUAUAGCAAUGUAGUAUAGUAUAGUACCCACUUCAUUGAUUCCUCAUUCCUUUGAGUAAAGCUAGCUUGAAUUCACCAAAUAAAUAUCUGAUCAGUGUCUAACAGUGACAAAAAGUGGGUUAUAUCACGAACAGAGUGACAAUACCUCAGAUUUAACCUUCGAAAUGAAAUAAACACUUACACAUUUUAAAAAGUUAUCCAAUGCUCAAAUGCACUGCAUGUUUUUGUUAUGAUAUGACAGUGAAGUAUAGGAUUUGGGGUCUUGAAAAAUUUACAAAGCUAUUUACUAAUUAGUCUCAACUAACUAGCACGAAUAACAUCAAAUCAUAUGCCAAUGGUGUUAGUCGCAACUAAUAUAUUUCAAUUAACAAAACCUUAAUGACUUUUUUCCAAUAUUUUGUAAAUUCCAAGAAUUAAAAUGAUUCCUGAGAAUCCAAUAUGUAAGUGUUUUCAUCUCAAUCCAAAUAUAUUUGAGGACUGCUUUUGUCGAAUACUAUUUUGCAACCUCAAUGUUAAAUGUUUAUUAUUACAAAUUUGAUAAUGCAACAUACAAAAAAUGGAGAAAAGACAAAAUUCUAUGUAUGUUCUCAAAAAUUGUCCAUUUUGAUUUCUACACAUAUCUGUAGGAAUGAACUGUCUUCAAUACUUAAGAGUACAAGACUGCCAGUCUGAUUGACUGCAUAUGGGCACAGGCGCCAUCCCUUGGCACCCUCUGUAUUCAGGACAGCAUUUUAUACUGUUUCAUUUUUACUUCCCAUAUUUGCAUCCGUGUUGUACUGUGCAUGUUUAAUUAUGAAUCACAAUUUCAGACCAAUGUCAAUAUAGAAAUCCGUUAAUAAUGAUGUGUAUACACCUGUGUGUGUGUGUGUGUGUGUGUGUGUGUGUGUGUAUAUGUAUAAUGCAAUGAAACUUGUACAUAUGUACAAUGACAAUUGUACAUGCUACCUGAGAGCCCUUGCUUGGUGAAUAAAUCCGAAUAAAAAUAUCUCAUUUUAAUGUAUAA